AUGCCUUCUUAUCUCCCACAAUUAAUUAUUCCCAAUUGUGAUCAUAAACUCUUCGAAGAAAUUGCAUUAGCAAACCCUAACUCUUUCUAUCGAAUGAAUCUUAUCCAAGGUCAGCUUGAAAUAAUGCCUCCACAAUCAGUUCACAAUGAAACCGGUAUACUAUCAAAGAGAGUCACUUAUGAUUUAUCAAAUUGUUGGAUGGUGCCUUCUAACGCCAAUUUGGUUGGACACCAUGGUGGCUCCCAGGGAACCUAUACAUUGAAUAGUGGUGAUAUUCUGAGUCCUAAAGCUUCUGUUGUCCUUAGUUCCAGAUGGAAUGCGCUAUCAACUAAUGAUAGACGACAAGCAUAUCCGCCAGUUGCGCCGAAUUUUAUCGUGGAAUUACGUUCAAUGAGUAAUUCACCUCA